GCGUUAGCGCCGCUAGUCUGAACCAGAACUAGCAGCGUUACUGAGCGGACGGAAAUAAGCUGGCUGCUUGUUAGCAUCGAGCUUCGAACAUCGGGCUAGCUAGAGGGUAAAAGACAGACUUGGAACGCCACCACGGAUUUCUUGUGGGAUAAACGUACAGGCCUCGCCGCUAAAACGAUGCCUCACAACAGGCGGUACUCGUCUUCGGACAGAGACAGUCGGAACAGCUUCCAAGACCGUUACAGAGACCGAGAUAGAGAUCGAGACCGAGAUAGAGAUCGAGACAGAGGGCGAAGACACCGGCACAGAAGAUCACCCACUUACUCCUCCAGCAGCGAGCGGGACAGAAGAGGACGGGGACACAGACAGGAGGGAAGCUUUGCACGUUCGCGGAGUCGUAGUUAUGACAAUCGCUCAGCAGAACACCGGCCAUUUGAACGAAGAUACUGCGAAGGCUACAGACGCUUGGAUCAGAGCCGGGAGCGAGACCGCGACAGAGAAAGGGAGCCACAUGGAGCGGCUGAAAGUUACUAUCCACGCGACUUCACCCCGAACAUGUACGACUACCGCCGUGGCCGCGACAGGGAGCGCGAACGGGACGAGUCGUACAGGCAAAAAGGCAGCAGGCGUAAGCACAAACGAAGGCGGCGUAGAACCAGGUCCUAUAGCCCAUCCACCUCGCGGAGCGACAGCCGGACGCGGGCACUGAGUGUGAGGGACGACGAGGAAGGGCACCUGAUCUGUCGGAGUGGGGACGUCCUGCAAGAGAGAUAUGAGAUUGUCAGCACGUUGGGGGAAGGCACCUUCGGCAGGGUGAUGCAGUGCAUUGACCAUCGCAGGGGAGGAACACACGUUGCCCUAAAAAUCAUUAAGAAUGUGGAGAAGUACAAGGAAGCAGCUCGCCUUGAGAUCAAUGUGUUGGAGAAGAUUAAUGAGAAGGACCCUGAUAACAAAUUCCUCUGUGUACAGAUGUACGACUGGUUCGACUACCACGGUCACAUGUGUCUGUCCUUUGAGCUGCUAUCUCUUAGCACAUUUGACUUCCUCAAGGAAAAUAGUUACCUCCCGUACUCAAUUGGUCAGGUCAGACACAUGGCCUACCAAAUCUGCCUUGCUGUGAAAUUUCUCCAUGACAAUAAACUGACACACACAGAUUUAAAGCCAGAGAACAUCUUGUUUGUCAACUCAGACUUUACAAUGUCCUACAAUGUGGACAAGAAACAAGAAGAGCGGAUGGUAAAAAGCACAGCAAUCCGUGUAGUGGACUUCGGCAGUGCCACUUUUGACCAUGAGCACCACAGCACCAUUGUAUCAACGCGGCAUUAUCGUGCCCCUGAGGUCAUCUUAGAGCUGGGAUGGAGCCAUCCAUGUGACGUGUGGAGCAUUGGCUGUAUCCUCUUUGAGUACUACCUGGGCUUCACCUUGUUUCAGACUCAUGACAACAGGGAGCAUUUGGCCAUGAUGGAGAGAAUCCUGGGACCAGUACCCUCUAGGAUGAUACGAAAAACGAGUCGCCUGUGUCCUCCCAGGAAGCAGAAAUAUUUCUAUCGUGGCCGUCUGGAUUGGGAUGAGAGCUCCUCUGCAGGGAAAUAUGUCAGAGAAAACUGCAAACCUUUACGGCGGUACCUGCUGUCGGAGGCGGAGGAGCACCACCAGUUGUUUGACCUCAUAGAAAGCAUGUUGGAGUACGAACCCACUAAGAGGCUGGUGCUGGCCGACUCCCUUAAACACCCUUACUUCGACAGCGGAGGUAUUGGUGAGGCAGCAAGCAGCAAGAACUGGGAAGGCAACCGUGACAUUAGUCGGUGACCCACAAACCGGCAAAGACUGAGUAACAGAGGAUAAAUUUUAUACGUGGAGCAAGUGAACUGUUGAAUUCACUCGGACUUCAGGUGUUUCGUCGUUUUGCAUCAAAGCAUGGAAACCUUAACUUCCUGCUCCUUCACCCUGUCCCUGACCUCGACUCUGCAGCCACAGAAGGCAUGGUUAUCGCAGCAGAGAGACCAAAAUAACUCAAAACUGACUCAAAGCUCAACCAAGUCUCUUUCUGGUGAUCACGGCGCCAAUAGAGGACAAAAAUCUUAAAUAGAAAAGUGUCUGUAACUAAAGUAGCCCUCUAUGCAGCUCUGUCUUCCUUUUGAAUCUCAAAUCACCUUCCUAUCAAACAUCUGUUCGUUUUAUUUUCAUCUGCAUGUGAUGAAAGUCACUCACCUUCUAAUGAUAUAAGCACUACAUUACAUAAAAUCGCUUAGAAGAAAUUAAAGAAAUGUGGUCAAGUCUAAGAAAAAGGUGAUAUGAGAGAAAAUUGUAACUGCAGUGCAAAUCCCCUUUCAAAAAUACAACAACAUAUGAAAACACAUCAAGUCAGGAAAAUGUAAUUGCACAUUUUCUUUGAGAGUGCUAGGAUCUUCAAGAUUUUGUUUACAUUUCUGUUAAGCGUGCACUUGCAUUGCAUAUUUCUCUUUUGAUAUGUGGAGCCUUGCCAUUAUUCUCAGGUCAUGAGGCCUGUUACUUUUGCCAGGGAUGGUUGAUGCUCCACACAGGUCUGUGUGGCCUGUCUUAUUGAUAGAUGUGUUUCUGUUAUGCAAUGCUUUACUUGUGAGUGUGUGUGAGUGUAUGUGUGUGUGUGCACGUGUAAAUGUGAGGAUGGGGAGCUUUUAUGUUCAUGUUUUGCUCUGUGACUUCUUAAUGGUUCUGCAUUAUUCUUGGAAAAGCGUUGCAUUUUUCCAUCAACAGACAAAACGAACGGCCUUCUGUGUGGUUUGGUUGUACGUCUCUGAGCUCAAGCACAGCUGCUGGUGGGGACUGGUGAGCCACACACAACUCUUGUAUUUAUUUUCAAUAUUGGUAGGUCAUAGACUCCACUCCUCAUCUGUAUAUGACUCUCGUUUUUUUUUUGUUUGUUUUGUAUGAGAAUAAAACGUAUAAAGUUGUGUA